AUGGUUUUAACAGCCACGAGAACCUCCAACGUGGCAUUGGUCAUUUGUUCAUUGUUAUCGAUAAAAGAUGAAGACGGUUUCUGGGAAAAUUGUAUCUUUGAAGCCUGUCAAUCUCUCCAAAGCUGCGAAUAUCUUGUCAAAAUUUGUAACCUCCGAGAAUGGAGCUUCACAACCGGUGUCUGCUUACCUCCGUCGUGCUUCUGUGGCAUUUAACGAGCUUGUAUACUUUAAAAAGCACCACGCGCUGAAGAAAAAACCAAAGGAUGAAACUUCAACCAUAUCUGAUAUAAGCCAUAGGGAUGUAGAAGAAGAUGAGGGUAAAUUGAGAAAGAAAGAAAAGAAAAAGAAGAGGAAGAAUGCAGAGGUUGAUGGAGGAGAAAUUGGUAAUUUGGAAGCGCCCGAAAGGAAGAAGAGAAGGAAAACUUGAAGGUGAUGAAUAGGCAUAUGAAAAUUCGAUAAAGAUUUCAUUAUUGAGUACCUUAUUUAGCUUCUAGAUAAUUUUGAUGGUGGUGAUAAACUAGUUUCUUGAUUAUUAUUAUUAU